AUGAACUACUAUGGCCUCCCCGAGGACGGUUCCCGCCCAUACCAAAACAUCAAUGCGGACCCAGUCUCCGGGGAGAGAGCUCGCAACUGGACUUAUAAUGAACAGACCGUUUCUGUGACGAACAUUCGAGACACGUUUGAUAAGGAGGCGGCAGCCGGAAAGCAGGAGACAUACAACCUCGACACAUCUGGGUUCCUGUUCUCCAAGGGCUCGUCGAAGCACAAGAGCUUUACGACGAGCGAGGAGAUUGAGAAGGAAUAUUACCCGGAGUGUAUUGAGUACUUCAAGCAGCUCACGGGUGCUAGUCGGGUUGUUAUCUUUGACCAUACUAUCCGUCGUCGUCGUCCUGGGGAACUCGACGAUCAUCCUGACCGGCGGCAGCCUGUCUCUCUCGUACAUGUCGACCAGACGGUCAAGUCCUCGAUCGCUCGUGUGCACCGACAUCUUCCCGCCGACGAGGCGCCUGAGCUCGCGAAGCGCCGAUUCCAGCUCAUCAAUCUUUGGCGUCCGAUCGACAAUCCGGCAUGGGAGUGGCCGCUCGCGCUAUGCGACUUCCGGUCUGUGAACUAUGAUCAGGACCUGGUUCCCGUCGCACUCGUGUACCCUGACCGAGAGGGCGAGACCUUUGGUGUGACGCAUAACCCGGAGCACAGGUGGAAUUAUGUGAAGGGCAUGACGCCGGAUGAGUUUGUGUUGAUCAAGUGCUUCGACUCGCUACGCGAUGGAAGUACUGCGUUCCUGACGCCGCACACUGCUUUUGAAGACCCAACAACUCCGGAAGGGGCGCCGCUUCGCUCGUCGAUUGAGAUUCGGGCACUGCUGUUCUACGAUGAGUGA